UCAUAGCUUCUUCACUACAACUUACUUAAUCAGUAAACUAUUCAGUAACUGACCAGUCAACCACUUAUUUCUGACUCACUAUCGUACUGACCCAGUAUAUGGCCCACUAACUGUCUCAGUGAUUAAUCCAUUAACUCACUAAUUCGGUCAGUAAUUCUGAUAGUCCCCCUAAACAAUCACUAACUUGAUUAGCGAUGUCUCAACAAAAUGUUAUUAAUGACGUUCUAACGUCCUACAUUACUGGUGCAGCCUCGGACUCCUCCCUCCCUCAGAACCUGAGUGAUCGCCACCAAUUGCUCGUGGCUUUCCUCUACAACUACCUUCAGGAAUUAGGUCUUCAUGACUCCGCCAAGUCCUUACUUCAAGAGUCCUCUACUAAUGGAUCUGCACUCGCUAAUGAUAAGUACCUUCAGGCUCAAUUCCUCGCUAACUCACAGCAAAAUUCAACAGACCCCUUCCUCCUCCAGUGGUGGAUCAUUCUCUGGACACUCCAAGCCAACAUGAAUCCCAACUUGAACCAGAUAUUCAAUGUCGCUAAUCUCCAACAACAACAACCUCCAGUACCACCGCAACAACAGCAUCUACAACUGCAGCAACAACAACAAGCACCACAACAGGCAACACUCCAGCAACUUAGACAGCAGCAGUUCCAGCAGAAACAGCAGCAGAUAAUUCAGCAACAGCAGCUUCAGCAGCAACUUCAACUCCAGCAGCAGCAGUAUUAUCAACGCCAACAGCAGAUGCAGCUGCAACUGCAACUGCAACCACAGCAACUGCCGCAGCAAUCUAGUCAACAUAUUGCUAGCAGUCCCGUACAACAGCAACAGCUCCUCCAACAAAGGAUGCAACGGGCUACAGGUACCAACAAUGCUCGCCAACUGUCCGUAUCAUUGAAUUCGUCUGUAGUUCCAGUAUCCAAUAAUGGCAAGAUGCCUCCACCAGUAUCUCAGCAACAGCCACCACCACAGCCAAAGAACAGUCUCCAUCAGUAUCAGCAACAGUUACGACUUGAACAGAUGAAGUUACAGUUCCAGCAACAGGCACAACAGCAACACGGAGGCAUUAAGGAGCCGUUUGCUGAGUCGGCCCAGUUACAAUCACCUCUACUAGCCAACAGACUGCUGGUACCUACGAACAAUACUACAACUUCCAAUAACACUAGUACAAACGCCAGCAAUAACCAGGCAAUUACUGACUACCAGCUCAGUCUCUUGCGCAUGGAAAACCAGAAUGAUUUACAGAAGAAGCAGUUCCUCAUGAAACAGCAGCAGCAGCUGCAGAAUCAGAACAACCAAAACCAAAACAAUCAGAACAACCAAAACAAUCAGAAUCAGAGCCAGAACCAAAAUCAAAACCAAAACCAAAACCUGAAUCAAAGUCUGAACCAACCAGUGGUUGGAGGCAGACGAGAGUCAAUGGAGCAGUACAAUCCACAGGCUCAACAGCGACAACAGAUGAUGUUCCAGAUGUUACAGGGCCAGCCAGAUGGCAAAGAUGUAAUGAUGGGCUUUGACACUGCCGAAACCGUCCAACCGGACCAGUUCAAUAUGUACCAGCUCCAGCAAGAGCGGAUGAAGUUUAUACAACAGCAGAACUUACACUUGCAGCAACAGCAGCAGCAGAUUCAGGGAGAUAUAACUAAUAACUCACUCGAUAUAGGGUUUGGCACUACUGACUUAAUUCAACAACUGAACCCACCUGUCGAUAUUAAGGACGAUAAUGGCGGAGGAUCCAUAGAAACUGAUUGGUUGAGUCAGAUGGGAUCAGGACCAGGGUUUGUGUAGACUAGAAUGUAUGAUAUUUAUGCUGUAGAUAUUGUGUAGCUCAUUCUCUAAUCACUGUAUCUGUUCUUUGUUAUAUAUGGCUGUGCUAUAUUAGCGAGAAAGUCAAUAACUGAUCUUUACCAGCUUGUUAAGAAGUGCGUUUAG